GUUAAAGCCCCAGAAGGAUCUAGAAAAGAUUUCAGCCGCGUUGAGAAGAUGGAAGAGCGAAAAGAUAAGGCUUCGUGCAAUAGGGACAACCUUUCCCCGCCGUUAGCCGGGACUGAGGCAUGGCCUGAUCCAGCCACCCCAGCCCUGCCACCCUCACUUCUGAGCACCCUAGACCCAGCCCACCUGGGGCUCCCUGAGCAACUGGCUUCUGUCACUGUCCCCAUCCGCCUGGACACUCUGUCCUACCUCCUACAUAGUGCCCUCCUGGGAACCUACAACUUCCAGCAGUCCUUACCCCCUUGCUCCUGCUCUGCCCAGCCAUGCCACAUGGCACCAGACACAGUCAGGAGGCCUCCCAGGAGAUGGGACCAGGCCCGUGGGGGCUGUGAGAUUGAGCGCAGGCCUUCCCGGGGCAGGGGUAGGGGCCGGGGCCAGUCACGAUGGAGCCCCGGGAGAGCCAAAGAGCAGGAGAGGAGCAUGGCAAGAGGCCCUGGGGCUGGCCCCAAGGCCCAACCAGCGACACCACCAUCGCAGGAGGAACAGAAGGAAGCUGGAGGGCUGGAGCCACCCCUGCCUCCAGCACCUUUGUCUGAAGACUGGGAGACAGACUACUAGGACCCCGAAGAGCACCCAGUACUUGGCCGCCCAGGCCUUCCCAGAGCUUACAGUGUUCUUAAUCCUUCAGAGGUACCCUCAAGAAAUAUCAUCUCUACAACCUCCCCGGUCUCCAAACCACAGCCUCUGAAGGCCUCCUGCAGAUCACCUUGUAAAGCCUAAACUUGACUUAGCAACCCAACCCCAGCUACUACCCCAGCUUAUUCUCAAUGGCCCAGGCUGCCCCAACCCCAUUUCCAGACCAAAUCAUCACCGCAAAGCCCUUCCUCUCCCCAUUCCACAGUCAACCCAUUUCCCCAUCCUUCCCCACACCCCUCUUGACCUUCAGUUCUGACCCAUGUUCAUUCCUAGUUUGUUCAUUUGCUGUUUUUUUCAGUACUAGUCUCCCGAAUGGCAGUCAAACACUGAACUAAACUGCAAUCCUCUUUUAUUUUUAUCUUGAGAAAGGGUCUCACCAAGUGUCCAAGCUGGCCUUGAACUUGUGAUCCUCCUGUCUCAGCCUUCCCAGUCCCCUCUUCCUGGUCCUCAUUUCGUAUUCUCCUCAUCUCAUACCACCUUCAUAUUCACCUUCAUGUUACACCAUCCUCAACCCCAGCCACAGCCGCAGCCGCGUCCCAGCCCAACUCUGACAAGCCCUCCAUCCUACCCCACAAGGAACCCUUUGACAUGUCCAGACACCUGUAUCCACCACCACCAUUGCUGUCCCCUGUCCCUCGGGCUGGGAAGCCCAAGUUGAACAAUAAAAGGUCUCUGCUCUA